GCGCUGCCCACCCUUUCGCUUGUCGCCUCUUUUCGCUGUAUACAUCUUCCCCACUUCUACGUCUCCUCUCUUUCUCACUGUCUCUCACCGUCGCUCACUCACUCACACACUCUCUCCUCCUGUUCUUCUCCUGUCCCUCCGGAUUCCCAAGCACUCACUGGACCGUUUGCUUGACGUUGGCUCGUUCAACCUCAGUCACUCGCUCUCUUCUGCUUCCGCCACCCGCCCCCGCGACACUCGUUACCUCCCUUGUGGACUCUUCGUGUCCCUUGCAUUCGUCGCUUGAGCCAGUAUUGCAUGUGCAUCUUCGCUGUGCGACGCGAGAAAGAACGAGUAUGCAUGGUUGAGUAGGACGACUUCAGGACGACAAAACCACCGCCAAAUCCCUUGCAAGGUCGACACUGCGUCGACUCUGCCGUCUCUUUCAGCUUCGCUUCUCGCCCUUGCCGCAGAGCAGACCACUCUGCGCUUCCGUGUAUUCGCAAUGGUCGACGUCGAGAAGAUGGCGUUCCUGGACGAGUAUCGCCGCGGCGAACGCCAGUCGAUACGGGCGCGAGUGGAGUCGGUCACCCGCCAACAUCGACCCUUCGUCGUCUUUUUACUCUUUGCAUCCUUCGUGCUCAUGUGCAUGCACAUUCCCAACGGAUCGAGAGCAGUGCAACAAGCGCCUGAGCCCGUGGCGCCGGCGCCGGUCAUGGAUCCCGCGUACAACAAGACGAUGGCACCCGGCAACGGCACACUCCAGAUCCUGCCUGACGAGGCGCAGAUCACAAGGACUCCGAGGUUCGCGAAGAUUGCUGUCGCCAGCGGCUUCGAGGACAUCCUGUACGAGAGGGCGCUAGACACGCAUGUCCAGCACGCAAAGAAGCACGGCUACCCGAUGUACAUGGCGCGCGAAAACGCGGCGGACGGCAUGUUCAACAAGAUCGCGUACAUCAUGGACGUUCUGCUGAACGAACUGUACAAGCCCGCCGAGGAGCGCGUCGAGUGGCUUUUCUACUUCGACGCCGACUCCAUCAUCAUGAACCAGGAGGUUCCGCUGGAGAUUUUCGAGCCACCCUCGGACUUCAACCACAUCAACUGGAUGGCGGGCAAGGACUACAACGGUCUCAAUGCCGGCGUCUUCCUCCUCCGCGUCAACACCUGGUCGCUGAACCUGCUCACCCGCGUCAUGACGUACAAGCACUACCAUCCCGACGAGGAGUACGUCUUCGAGGAGCAGACCAUCCUUGCCCGUCUCACGGAGAACGACGACGAGUUCAAAGACCAGUCCAUCUACGUGCCCAAAGCCUGGUUCAACGCCUAUUUCUACUCGCUGCAGGAGGUCAAGCCGGGUCUGCUCCUCUCGCACUUUCCGCACCCGGACUACAAGUGGCACAUCUACGAGUGGCUCCGCGUUCUCGAGUCGGACAAGGACGUCAACUACAAGCCCGUGUACAACAUUCCCGUGCAGCAGACCACCUACCCGAAGGAGAUCAAGGAGUUCUGGAACGCGAAGCGGAGGGCCGACAAGGUGCUGAAAGGCUUCGAGCGGAACGUCCAGCGCGGCGCGGAUCCCAUCCAGUUCGGCUUACAGCACGACGAGACGAGAAGCCUGGCAGAGAGGUUCAGGGACAAGUUCGACGAGCUGAAGAAGGCCGCCGAUCAGAAGACGGACGAGUACGAAUAUCUGGAACGGCUGACGAAUGAAGCCGAGGAGAUCAACGCCCAGCUCAUUCAGAAUCUCAUGGCGUACUUUGAGACGCACGACAAUCCGCCGCCCGUUGCUGGCUUCUAAACCCAGCCCUCGUCUCU